UCAGGAGCCUUGGAUAUUGUCCAGCCCCCCUGUUCAUGUAUAACAGGACAGAGAGGGGAGUUUAUCAGCACUGCUGCCUCUCUGACUGAUCUACAUCCAUCCAGCUGUAACAGUGCUGUUAGAAUGAGAUCCUCUUACCUGAUCCCCUGCCUGGUGCUGAUCCUGCUCAGUAUACACAGUGGUCUCUCUCGCAUUAAAUCAAGGACCAGCAAGACACCAAACAGCAAUAAAAAGCCCAAUAUACCUAAAACAAAUACUGUCAAGAAACCAGGUCAGCUAUUCUAUAGAGGUAAAGGUCUUAGCCUUCAGUUCAACGUGACAGAUGAAUCUCUGGCUUACGCUGCAAAUUACACCAUGUUUCCUGAUGAACUCCACUAUCCCCGGCCUAGCACAGUCCCUGACUAUGAAGAAUUCCUGGGGACCUGCACGAACACCACUUUAGAGCUGGAGCUAAACAAGGACAAGCUAUCAACGCUCAGCUCCGAUGUCAAUACGAGGGUGACAUUACGUAUUAUAACAUUCCUUUGCUCAGAGAUUUAUAACAGGAGUGCUGGCCUAUAUCCCGGAGGAUCAUGGAUAGGGUUAACAAUAAUAGCCAUGUUAAUUGUUAUUAAAAUGCUCGACUAAUGGUACUGUAUAAUGUAAUACACUCUGGCUUAGUCCUGCCGCCCUUUCCUGACAGUACACCAAAAUGAAGUAUUUAUGUUAUCCAUCUUCAUCUAAACAAGACAGAGUUCAGGUCUCAUCCACACUCAUCAACACUAGUCCUAUAGCACCAUUUGUAUCAUUCCAGCAUAGCUGCAUCCAUGUGUUUCUUUGCUGUAACUGAGUCAUGUGAUCAAAGUCUGACCCACAGAAAAUUAUAGUGUUUAUUGUGUCUCAGGAAGUGGUCUGUCCUGGUUUAGCUGACUUCCUGUGAACUACGGGAUGAUCAUCAUCACCUAUCAAACUCUCCUGCCAGCUCCCAGACCCUACAACUCCCCACCCAGCUCUAUCUGUAUACUGCUGCUCUCUCUGUGGGAUCAGGAUAUAUAGUAGUUAAAAAUACUAUGCAUUUUUGUUUAGUUUUUUUUCUAUUCUUGUUGUAAUUUUCCUGAACUUGUGGUAAAAAUUCUGCUAUUUACCACUAUUGUGCAAACCAUGCUAGAAAUGUGUCAUUUGCACAACAAUUUUUGAAAGUUAGAUGUAUCAAGUCAUAUGUUUUUGAUACAUGUUUCAAAUUUAUCAAAAAUGCAGUAAGAUGUGAACACAGCCUAAAAUCUAUAAAUCUUUAUUUUUGAUUAUAGAUGAAAUCACUUUCUCCUCAUGGCAAAAAAAAAAAUGCUUUUUGAAGAAAACGCAUCAAAACGGCAUGUAGUGGAAAUUGAUUCCAACCAAUCACGGCAGUAUAGGCUAGCCAGGUGAUUGGGUUGCUCUCAUUAGGUAAAUUGCAGUGAUUACACUCCACCCUCUCUCUCUGCAAAGCCAGUUAGCAUGAGAAAAAAUUCCUGUUCUGAAAGAGAUUCAAUGUAACUUAAAAUCCAUGCCUGUCACAUCAGCUAAAACAGGUAGGUGCAAGGCAUAUACAAUAACUUCUAAAUUAUUUUCUAAUAAUCACCUAUGCUGCACUAUAUAAGCAAACAAAAAAGAAAAAACCUAGAGUGCUUCUUUAAUGGACCUUUGUUUGUCUCAAAUGCACGUGAAAGUUUUUUUAGCCAAACUCCAUACUGGUCCAAUAAAAAAACAAAAGUGGCAUGCUCCACCUAAUGCUGUCUAUAGGGAGCUAGCUAUUCAACCCUAGGGGCAUUCAUUUUGUUCUGCACAUAUGACACCCCAUAAAGUAUUGAAUAGUGACACAUGGAGACCCCUUAUUGUCACUGUUCUUUAUUGUCACGGUUCGUUUAGCCAUUAUUGUUAUCCACACGUUGCCCACAGAGGUGCAGUUUGAUGCUGUAUGAAAUUGGUGGAAAUAUCCAAUGAACUAAUAUCUAAUUCUGAUGUAAACAAGUAGUUUAAUCGGAAAGUAUUUAAGCAUUUAUACAUAUUUCAUCAGAUUAUUGUAUCUUCACAACCAUUGGUUUUAGUUAGGCCCUCCAGGCACAGGGCACAGUCCUGGAUGCAGUUGUGCCCUCUGCAUCCUUUAUUGGACCAAACAUUUUUUCACAUUACUUGAGGUAUUACAUAAUUCAGAAUUCCACGAUAUCUCUGUAAAAGGGACAGUCCGGCCUUUUGAAUAAAAAAAAAAAAAAGAUAAAAUACAUUUCAGAAUGUUACAAAAUAAUCAAAGAAGUAGUCAUUACCUUAUCAGUGAUUUGUGUAGUGGUUACAUGUCUGUGGGGAGAGGAUCCAGGAAGCAGAGACUUGCAGGGAGCAGUGGGGGAUAGGUAAGGUGAGUAAUACUUGUUUUAUUAUUUUACAACAUUCUGAUCUGUUUUUGAAACAUUUUACAUGGCCAGACAACCACAUUAUGGGGAGAGGUAUAUAACCACUUAUUUAUAGAAUGUAAUCCUUGACAAAUGUAACACUGGAAAGAUUGUAUAACUAUGUAUUUGUGGCUUUUGUUGUCAAUGCCAGGUCUCAUGCAAUCUAUGUAUUACAGUAUGAGUAUUACUUGAAGUGUAAAGUAUAAACUAUGUCUUCAAUGUAACAAUAAACUGGGUCUGUGAUGUACAGUA